CUAGUCACUGCCACUGGGGCGUCCGGAUGGGCCCGUGUGGGUUUCAGAUGCGCGGGAUUUUGUCUGACAGCCCAGCUCGGCCUUCGAUCGCUCGCGAAUGUCGUCCGAAGCCGCCAGGCCUCUGAAAAUUUGGCGCCGACGGAUUGUCUCGCAGGGUGGAGCGUGGUACACGCGUAUAAAAGCGAGGACACGGGUCCCUUACCACACCUUCGCGCCACACCGCAACAAAUUUCCCUCCCCUAUCAGACAGUAUCAACCUCCCUCUGUCCUUUCACCACGAAGAUAUCUGACAUGAAGUUCACGACCCUUCUCUCGUCUGUUCUCGCCUGUGCAGCGUCCGUCUACGCAGGAGGGACGAUUGAACAGCCUGCUGCAUGGACCGCGAUAAUGCCUGGCUCCGUGUUCAACUUCUCGUACUCCAUCAACGCCGACUACUGCAAGUCGAGUUAUGGCUACUCCCUCUACCUUGUUACCGAGACUCCCGUCAACAUGACCCCUGCUCAGCAGUGGAUGAGCGGCUAUUACUUCGGCCACUACGAUGCUGAAAACUACCCUGCUGUCCCCUACCCGACGAACCCAGCACCGUCGAACUUCACGAUGCCUGACUUCGCCGACUCGCAGGGUGGCUUCGGCUCAGGCAAGCCCGCAUCCAACGCCACCUUCAACCUGAUGGUCAUGGAAGAGUGGGACGACUGCGAGGGAGCACUUGGCCGGAAGAUUGGCCUGACCACGACCCCGAUCGUGUACAAUGCGACGGAUGGCUACCAGGCGGCAAUGAACGCCGAGGCCAUCGCGCGGCGAUCCGCCUGAGAUGCUCUCCUUGCGGUUAGGACGGGAUGAGGACCCUUGCAAUUGGACUCUUCGAGGGGUUGUUUCCCUCGGGACACUUACGCUAUGCGGACAUGAUGAAAGCUUUCGUCUGUUGAACUCUGCUCCUCGAUGUGUAGCAUGAUCUGAUCUUGCUAGUUGUUGCGCUCGACCCCCCCAGCUCUCCUGUAGACAUACCUUACGGACUCUGCCUGGACUUUGCUAGUUGCCAUCGAGUCAUUGUAGCAUUUUAGUAGUUGCAGCAGGAGGUCUUCGCGGAAGGCCCGGUCGAACAGUUGUAUGAUAGGGCUCGAGCACAUCCUACAACAUCACAUGACCAGGCGGACAGCGCCGGGGCGAGACAGCGAUAGUAGCCGUGUUUGUGCGUUCAUACAUGACAAUGAUAUAAUCUUUUAUCGCA